ACCAGUCAGGCACCAUAGGGAAUAGGUUAUCUUUCUCUCUCAUGCCCGUAUUCUCCGGGCAGCUGCAGUCAAGUUCGCGUCUUCACUCUCAACAGCUUCGACUUUCCACGACAGACUCUUCUCUCAAUCUCGCAGCAAAAAAAAAAGAUAAAAUCCAAAAUCUGAUCUAUAUAUAUAUAUAUAUAGAUACAGAUUUUUGUAAGUAUGCGCGUCGACUGAGUUUUUUUAUAUGUAUAAAUAGACCGGCGCACACGCACACGCAGACACCAUUGUUUGACAUUGUGGAGCUUUUUGGAAGCCGGAGCCAUCUCGUCUGAAGUUUGUUGAAUUUGUUUGGGUUAAUUUAGGGCUGAAAUGAUGUGGAGAGUGGCGCGAUCUGCUGCGGCGAGUCUCCGCCAGUCGCGGCGGCUGUCGACGGCGAUUCCUGGUCCCUGUAUGGUGCACAAGCGUGGUGCUGAUAUUCUCCACGAUCCCUGGUUUAACAAGGAUACCGGUUUUCCUAUAACGGAAAGAGAUCGACUGGGAUUACGUGGUCUGCUUCCACCACGAGUGAUAUCUUUUGAGCAGCAAUAUGACCGUUUCAUGGAAUCUUAUAGAUCGUUGGAGAAAAAUACUCAGGGUCAAUCAUAUAAUGUUGUAUCACUUGCAAAAUGGAGGAUUCUGAAUAGACUCCACGACAGAAAUGAGACACUAUACUACAGAGUGUUGAUGGAUAACAUCAAGGACUUUGCUCCAAUAAUAUACACACCCACUGUAGGAUUGGUAUGCCAAAAUUAUUCAGGAUUGUUUAGGCGUCCACGGGGAAUGUAUUUCAGUGCCAAAGAUAAGGGGGAGAUGAUGUCUAUGAUCUAUAAUUGGCCUUCUCACCAGGUGGACAUGAUUGUGCUGACAGAUGGAAGUCGUAUUCUUGGUCUCGGUGAUCUUGGUGUUCAGGGAAUCGGUAUUCCCAUUGGAAAGCUAGACAUGUACGUAGCAGCUGCUGGCAUCAACCCACAAAGAAUAUUGCCAGUUAUGCUUGAUGUUGGUACAAACAAUCAGAAGCUACUUGAAGAUCGCCUUUAUUUAGGACUCAGACAACCUAGGCUUGAAGGAGAAGAAUAUUUGGCGAUUGUUGAUGAAUUCAUGGAAGCUGUUCAUGCACGUUGGCCGAAGGCUAUUGUGCAGUUUGAAGAUUUUCAAAUGAAGUGGGCUUUUGAGACACUAGAACGUUACCGUAAAAGGUUUUGCAUGUUCAAUGAUGACAUACAGGGAACAGCUGGUGUUGCGUUGGCUGGGCUACUUGGUACUGUUAGGGCCCAGGGAAGGCCGUUGACUGAUUUUGCAGACCAGAAGAUAGUUGUAGUGGGAGCUGGAAGUGCUGGACUUGGUGUUCUUAAGAUGGCAUUACAGGCUGUUUCAAGAAUGACUGGACCAGAAGCAGAUCCUCACUUUUUCCUUCUUGACAAAGAUGGUCUUAUAACGAAAGAAAGAAAAUGUGUUGAUCCAGCAGCUGCUCCAUUUGCUAAAUCCCAAGGUGAGAUUGCAGAACUUGGACUUAGCGAGGGAGCCAGUCUCCUUGAUGUGGUUAAAAAAGUUAAGCCGCAUGUGCUUCUUGGUUUAUCUGGAGUUGGCGGUAUCUUCAGCGAAGAGGUCCUAAAGGCCAUGCGAGAAUCAGAUUCCAUUAAACCUGCUAUUUUUGCAAUGUCAAAUCCCACGGCAAAUGCUGAAUGCACUGCUAUUGAGGCUUUCCAACACGCUGGUGACAAGAUUGUCUUUGCAAGUGGAAGCCCUUUCGAUAAUGUUGAUCUAGGGGAUGGGAAAAUAGGUCAUGUGAAUCAAGCAAACAACAUGUACCUCUUUCCAGGAAUCGGCUUGGGAAGUCUUCUUGCUGGCGCCCGUAUAAUAACUGAUGGAAUGCUGCAAGCAGCUUCUGAGUGCCUUGCUUCAUAUAUGACCGAUGAAGAAAUUCAAAGAGGCGUCCUCUAUCCUUCUAUUGAUAGCAUCCGAGAUAUCACAGCAGAGGUCGGAGCUGCUGUUUUGAGGUCAGCAGUUGCUGAAGAAGUGGCUGAAGGACACGGCGAAGUGGGCCCCAGAGAUUUGUCACACAUGUCAAAGGAUGAAACCAUUCGAUAUGUGAAAGAGAACAUGUGGUUUCCUAUUUACAGCCCUCUUGUCCAUGAAAAGUGAAGCUCGUUCUAGCCAUUAUUUUUUCUCUCGAGGCUAUUUAUUUUUUUUUUCCUGCAGAACUUUCGAAAAACUCUGCGGUCUGCUACUCCACUAUAUGUUUUAAAACUGAUUAAUGAACUCAUAUAGAGAUAUUUAAACCAACUCAAAUAGAUAGAGCAGGUAUAUAAAUUAAAGCAACAGAAGCUGUUCUGUUUCUGGUUUUUUCUAAUAGGCUCUUCUGCCAAAAACUAUCUUCUUAUUGUUGUAACAAAUAUUUAUCCUUUCUUAGCCUUCUUUCCAAUAAAUGGACUCAUUCUUAACUG